AUGGAGAACAACGAGGAGUCCGAGCAUUAUGAGGACUCUGAGGACUCUGAGGGCUCUGAGGACAGUGACCUCUCGAACGGCCAGCCCGAAGAGAACUAUAUCUACUUAGAUGACCUACCAACUCUGGCAACCUGUUACCUGUAUGUCAUUAUAGUACCUGGAGAUGGCGAACUCAAGCACUGGAUUCUUUGCAUCGACGCCCCAACCUGGACCGAAAAGCCUAUGGUCCACCUCGUCGGAUCUCCAACGUAUUACCGAGUCGAAGCACGAUUCUUGACGAGAAAUGAUGAAAGAAGGAUCAUCAAACGAGUUAAUCUGUGUGAUAUUCCGAAUGCACAGAAUGUGUACGAUGAUAUCAUCGACGCUGGGGAAUGGGCAGAGAUCGAUAAUCAGGAUCCGAGCUAUAACUCUCAGAUCUACAUUCUCGAGCUUUUGGAUGACUUGGAACACCGAGGCAUUGUCAGCAUGAAUGAUCCAAGUAUGGCUUCGGAUAUUGAAAGGGUAUGCCUGACUUGGGAUAUCUCGUGCUACUUAUCUAGGAACAUCAAGGGAACCUUGGAUUUGUUUUGCAAUUUCACGUUUCUUAGCCAGCGUUUGGCUGUCUAUAUAGCAUCUGCCAUAGGUUCUACGCCCAUCGGCACCAUGCAUAAGUGA